AACGGAGCCGGAGCCCCCUCGGAAGGGGUGCCGAAGGGCACCUCGCUGCAGCCCGCCAAGUCCAUGGAAGCGAGCGCAGGGCGAGCCUCCCAGCCCACCCCUCGGCAGCCAGGCAUGGAUGGAUUUUUAAAAUCAGAUGAGAGACAAAGAUUAGCCAAAGAGAGACGAGAAGAAAGAGAAAAAUGUCUGGCUGCCAGGGAACAGCAGAUCUUAGAGAAACAGAAAAGAGCCAAACUUCAGUAUGAGAAACAAAUUGAGGAGAGAUGGAGAAAACUUGAGGAGCAGCGUCAGCGAGAGGACCAGAAGAGGGCUGCAGUGGAAGAGAAGAGGAAGCAGAAGCUCCGAGAAGAAGAGGAACGUUUGGAAGCAAUGAUGCGCCGGUCCCUGGAGCGUACACAGCAGCUAGAGUUGAAGAAGAAGUGUUCAUGGGCAGGAUCACUGGCCUCAGGGCCUGGAGGACGCGAUGGUGAAUCAGAAAAUACCCCACCCCUUCCUCUAACUUUAGCAGCCAGCACCCUCCCUUCGGACACAGGGACCACUACAGCUGCUGCCGAGUCCAUCAACGCAUGUGACAAACUUUCAACAUCAACCAUGAAUUUGCCAAAGCAGACGGAGCCUCCUAUGAGUAAACGCCUGUCUUCAUCCACCGUGGCAAUAUCUUAUUCCCCAGACCGAGCUCUUGGCAGCCCUCUCAAAUCUUCAUACAAGUCCUCUCCAACCCGGACCACCGAGAGGAAGAAGGGUACACCUUCAUCUGGCGUGGGAGAUGCUGGGAAGGGAGCCAUGGCAGGAGCAGAGCCAUCUCAGAUGGAGAAAGUGAAGAAGGGACGAGUGACAACUUCUGUUUCCACUGGAGGUCUUGGGUCCCCACUGAGAAGAUGUGAGCCUCCUGAAGACAUUCCUAAGAGGUCAUCUUCUCCUGUGAAAUCUAAGACAACUUCAAAAGCAUAUCCACAGUCUCCAAAGAGAAGUGAAGUCUCCAAAGUGAAGCCCCCAUAUAUAGGGUCUCCUGUGAAGUAUCGCUUUCCUCCCAUUCCCAGUGAAGGAGCACUCAAGAAGAAGGCAGAGAAGGAGAAGAGCAAUAAGGAAAAGGAAGGCACCACUGGUCAGCAGACCACUGUCGUACCCAAAGAAGAAACUCUAGAGAAGCACAUGGUUGACAAACCUGUCACUGAGAAGAGCGUGUUUGACAAACCUGUCACUGAGAAGUAUGUAGCUGAUAAGCAUGCCACCGAGAAGCAUUCUGCCACAGGAGGGAAGAGUGAGCACAGUGCAGGAAAACCCACAGCAGGCACCACUGAUGCAGAGGAGGCUGCAAAAAUUCUAGCUGAAAAGAGACGUCAGGCUCGGUUACAGAAGGAACAAGAGGAGCAAGAACGGUUCAUGAAGGAAGAACAAGAGAGGCUGGAAAAAGAGGAAUUGAAAAGAAAGGCAGAAGAGGAAAGGCUGCGCCUAGAAGCCCGUAAGCAAGAAGAAGAAAAGAAGCAACAGGAAGAAGAGAAAAGAAAGGCAGGAGAGAAGGCAAAACAGAAGGCUGAGGAGGAGCUGUUGUCAAAAGAGAAACAAGAAAAGGAAAAACAAGAAAAAGCCAUCAUUGAAAAGCAGAAAGAAACAGCAGAAGCUAAGGCACAGGAAGCGGUUAAACAGAUGCGUUUAGAAAGAGAACAGAUCAUGCUGCAGAUUGAGCAGGAGCGACUGGAGAGGAAGAAGAGAAUAGAUGAAAUCAUGAAGAGAACAAGGAAGAGUGACGCGUCUCUAGAAGUGAAGAAGGAAGACCCCAAAGUGGAGAUUCAGCCUGUGGUAGAUGUGGAAAAUAAGACAAGACCAGUUGUCCCCAACAAAAUAGAAAUCAAUGGAUUGAACACCUGUCAGGAAGUAAAUGGCUCAGAGCAUGCUGCUCCAGAAACCUUUCCCCAAGACAUUUUCUCUAAUGAUCUUAAACCAGUUGGGGCACCUGUUCAUCUGGAGGGCCUGGAUGGGAAAUCCAACAGUCUGGAUGAUUCAACUGAAGAAGUUCAAUCUAUGGAUGUGAGUCCUGUUUCCAAAGAAGAGCUUAUAUCCAUCCCAGAAUUUUCACCAGUGAGUGAAAUGAUUCCUGGAAUGUCUCUGGACCAAAAUGGAACUGGUAAUGCCCGGGCACUUCAAGAUAUCUUAGAUUUUACUGGCCCGCCUACAUUCCCCAAGAAAUCCAGUGAAAAUCUUAGCCUUGAUGACUGUAACAAAAACCUCAUCGAAGGAUUUAACAGUCCUGGGCAAGAAACUACUCUGAACACCUUCUGUUGA